CCGGCGUUAAGAAGACUCCGCCGGCGGUGGGUUAUAUUUAUACUUUAUAGUAAUACUGUAAUAAAUAGUGAGAUUUGAACGGAGUGGCUUGCAUUUCGCGCAUUCUCCAUCUAUCUAUCUGAUCAAGGUUAUGGCGAAUUCGAGAAGAUAUUGUCAACAAAUCCUCUAUCUUUUUCUAACUACAAAUCUUGUUGUUAACUUUGUUUUCUCUCGUAUCUCUCCAUACCUAAAUUUGCGUGGUCCUUAUCAACAUCGCUAUUUCAAGCCCAAACCCCCGUUUUUCAAGCCGCAAUUUCGGAGGAUUACUCCGGUGAUAUAAGAAUCAUCUCUUAUCUCUUUCUCCGAGUCCGACAUCCUUUUUUCUGUCUAAAUAGAAAAGACAAUAUGUCUGGACCUAUUGAGAGUACCACAAAGACGGGAGUUGAGAAAUCUGACACUGAGCAACCUGAGGAUGAUAGGAAGAAAAUACAUGGAUCUCUUAAGAAAAAAGCAAUCAAUGCCUCGUGCAAAUUUAAACAUUCUAUGACAAAAAGAAGUAGGAGACAUAGCAGAGUUAUGUCUGUCUCUUUUGAAGACGAAUAUGAUGCUGAGGAGUUACAAGCAGUCAAUGCAUUUCGUCAAGUUCUUAUCUCGGAAGAAUUGUUACCUUCAAAUCAUGAUAGUUAUCAUAUGAUGCUAAGAUUUUUGAAAGCCAGGAAAUUUGAUAUUGAGAAAUCUAAGCAAAUGUGGGCAGAUAUGAUUCUAUGGAGGAAGGAAUUUGGUGCAGAUACAGUCUUGGAGGAUUUUGAUUUCAAGGAAAGAGACGAGGUUCUUAACCACUAUCCUCAUGGACAUCAUGGAGUGGAUAAGGAUGGACGGCCUGUUUAUAUUGAAAGAUUGGGGAAGAUUGAUCCAGUCAAGCUUCUUCAAGUCACAACUAUGGAUCGUUAUGUGAGAUAUCACGUGAAGGAAUUCGAGAAGACUUUCGGUUCUAAGUUCCCAGCCUGUUCUAUUGCAGCCAAGAAACACAUCGAUCAAAGCACCACUAUCAUCGAUGUUCAAGGAGUGGGAUUCAAACAAUUCAGCAAAACUGCUAGAGAUCUAAUUCAGUCCCUUCAAAAGAUCGAUGGUGACUGUUACCCUGAGACUCUAUGUCGUAUGUACAUCAUUAAUGCAGGCUCUGGAUUUAGACUCUUAUGGAGCACUGUUAAAUCUUUCUUGGAUCCCAAGACAACAGCUAAAAUUCAAGUUCUUGGAAACAAAUAUCAGAGCAAAUUGCUUGAAGUAAUUGAUGCUAGUGAGCUACCAGAGUUCUUGGGUGGUACUUGCACAUGUGAAGACAAAGGUGGAUGCAUGCGAUCCGACAAGGGCCCAUGGAAUGAUGCUGAAAUAAUGAAGAGGGUUCACAAUGGAGAUCAUAAAAAUCGAUCCAAGAAUCUGGUUGCAGCCGAUGAUGAGAAGACAAUCUCUCAAAGUGUUCUAAAGAAAAGCAACUCUUCCCUAUCAGGAAGAGGGGGCUCUGAUUCAUCAAGACUCUCGAGGGAGUCUGCAGAAAACCCUCAACUAUAUCCCGUCCUUGAAGAAGUUGGUACUUUUGAUAAUAAAAAAUUAAUUCCAAUGGUUGACAAGUCAAUUGAUUCUACUUGGCAAAACUCUCAUUUCCGUCACAAACCCAAAGGGUUUUUGGGUAUGGAAGAUGAUUCUUGCAAGCUAAGCCAUGGCAUAAGCAAUCAACUAUUCAAUGGGAUGUUGACAUUUGUGAUGGGCAUUGUAACUAUGGUCCGUUUAACACGAAACAUGCCAAAGAGGUUCAUGGAUCCGGCUUUGAUAUCUGGUUCCACCAUGUUUGGAAUGGACCCUCAUCCUUAUAGGUUGCCUGCCCCUGCAAUCUCCAGCAAUGAGUAUUUCGCGGUCCUCAAGCGAAUGGCUGAGCUUGAAGAGAAGGCACAUGUUCUCUGCAACAGACCUGCCUCAAUGCCAGUCGAGAAAGAGGAGUUGCUCUACGCAGCUCUAAAUCGUGUCGAUGUGUUGGAACAGCAGCUUUCAGCGACCAGGAUGGCUCUUGAUGACGCACUUGUUAAGCAACAAGAGUUGAUGGCAUACAUGGAGAAGAAGAAAAAGAAGAAGAGGUUCUUCCAUUUCUGAUUGAAAAUCGCGCGCCAUAAGUAGAUGCUUAUAACAAAACCAACAUGCUUUGAAAUCUCUUCGAGCUGCUAGGAGUGAUGAUGGAUGGAUGGCUGCGGAUCGAAUUGAUUGUAUGUAAUGGCUUCUUUCUUCUCCUAUUUGAGAUUUGCAAAUGAAUUUCUGAACUCUCUUUUAUGUAUUGCUAUAUCUUGAGUCAUUAUAUUUGUUGUCUCAAGCUGAACUAUGCAAGUGUUGUAUGAUUCUCAUUUGUGAAUACUUUGGAUUAAUUCUUGAAGAU